UAAUAUUACGCGCUAAUUAUUUUAUUUCUAUUCCCUUCAUUAAUCAUAAAAUUAGAAUGCAGCGGCUUAUAAGUUAGUUAUUUUAUUAAUAAUUGUUAAACGCAUAUUGGAAGAGUGAAUCGGAACGUUAUGUUUAUUUACGUUCUCAAGACAAUCACACGCAAAAUCACAAUAGUCAUUACGCACAAAAGUUCAUUGAGCGAAAAUUUGUAGUGUGAUGUACAUACCAAAGCCCUAAAGAUGCGGUGGUAUCUGCCGGGGACUGAGAGCAUAAAGAAGAGGGCCUGCAGAUAUCUGCUCCAGCGUUAUUUGGGCAAUUACCUGGAAGAAAAACUAACUCUUGAUCAGCUGAGUGUCGAUCUAUACAAUGGUACAGGAACCGUGUGCGACGUUAGCCUUGACUGCGAGGCCAUCAAUGAGCUGGGGGACUCACAAAAUUGGCCGCUUGAAAUUGUUGAUGGGCAGAUGCAAAAGAUCACCGUGACAAUUCCAUGGUCGACAUUACUCACUGAUGACUCCAUUGUUGAGGUCAAUGGCUUGUCGCUCACAGUCCAGCCCAAAGUGCCGACGGAGCCAGCAUCCACAAUGCUGGAGUCCAUGUGGUCCUCCAUGUCCUCAUCCAUGCAGCUGGCUGAAGAAUGUCUCCGGAAAGAGGCUGCUCCCACGGAAACCAACCCUGUUGAGGGAAUAGAGAUGUUUGCUCAUGCCAUAGAUUCAAUUUUGAGUCGUGUAAAAAUCCGUUUUGUCAACACGAAGAUAAGAUUAGAGCAUGUUCCCAAGAAUGGAAAUAAAGGAAUUGCCUUAGAAAUACACAUAGAGAAGAUUGACUACUACGACGAAGCAGGAAAUGAGCCCACUCCAGAAGUCACUGACCCCGAAAAAACUAAAACCUACAUUGUUGCCACAUACUCGAACAAAAAGAUCAAAUUUGAAGGUGUCACUCUAUACACGGACGAGUUUCCGUCCAAACUACGAACAAUGGCCCGGAGCCUUGUUCUUGAAAAAUCAGUCUCAUCUCAAGCAGAUAAGGCUGAAAAUAGCCAAACAGAAGCUACAGACCCGAACCAAAGCAUGAUCUCUGAUGUUUUUUAUGAGACUAGAAGUGUCAUAUCAACUAUAGAAUCCGAUCCUAUCAAAGAACUUAUUGAAGAAGUGACAUCUCAUCCAGAAUUAUCUAGGGAUGCAACACCAGAAGAGAGGGCUAGCCAACCAGAACCCAUACUAUUCGCUAAAUUGACUGGUCAACAAGAACUGUCUCUCAAAAUGAAACAUUCAGAGGAAGUUGAAGGGCCAAUGGUGGAACUGAAGAUGUUAUUAGGAUCAUUUAUUGUAUUUAUAUCUCCUAGGCAGUUGCAUACAUUGAUAGAACUAGUCAAUGCACUGAAUCAGCCAGAUUUAGAAGAUAGAAGCAAUGUACCGCUUCGUCCAAGCGGCAGUAACUUGCAGUGCAAGCCGAUGCGGCCGGCUGACUUCCAGUUGAUAGAGGCUCAGCUGCUGGGUAACUUUGAGAAGGACAACGCGAAGCCUAGGACUGGCAUGUAUGGCUGGUCCGGACCUAGCUUCGAAGAAAGUGACCCAGAAGGUGACAACUUCCAUCCCAUGACGUCACCCGGCCAAAUGGCCGAGAGUUUCUCGUCUUCAGUAAGCUCGAUGAGCGCAAGUAUGACGUCCAGUGUUAACAUCCCUACGGUGCAGCCAAGAAUUAAAAGGAAUAAAAAAGUGCCACACAUUGAUGGCGAUCCUACAGCAGAAGUAUCUCACAUGAGUUUUCGGGUUGCCUCGCUGUCCUGCGUACUUUUACAUAAGGACAUACUAGUCCCCGCUCCGCUAAGUUCUGACUGCAUAUCACCUGUCAGUGCGAGCAAAAUGCAAGAGAUAUCAAAUAAGUUCUUCGAGACUUUACAAGACAUCCCCGUGACUAACAAGGCUAUUCAAGAUGCUGCCGGUAGAAACCAUUUAAGGCUCAUGGCCUCAGAGAUGACGUUAGACGGAAGCGAAAAGGUCACGACGCGAGGCAGUCAGACCGUCUGCGAAGCAGCCAUACAACAACUACUGAUACAGGAAUGUCUGUAUUACAAAUCAGAAAGUGGCACUACGGAGUCUGACUGCUUUGACCUGCUGCGGUUCGAAGCCAAAGAUGAUGAGGACGCCAAAGCGCCGCCGAGACCCGACAUCAGGAUCAACAUCAAACAAACUUCCAAAUACAUGCGGGUCGCUGGCGAGAAGAAGCUCGUCUAUCCCACAACAGAUGUUGUGGUAAAAUGUCUUCCAUGCUACAUAGACGUGGAACUGACAAUAAUAGAGCGAAUGUCGGCCACGUUCUUCAACGGGCCGUCCAGCACAGCCUCGCCGCCGCCGAACAACGUGCAGAAUCAGUUCAACUGUACGCUGCACUGCCCGGACCUUAACGCUACAUUAAGGUUCCCAGUAGUGGACCUCCGACCAGGCAUCAGCCGCGAGGUGCGCCGCGUGCGACCCGACUUCCUCGUGUUCAAGUUCCAGAAAGUGAACAUCAACUCGCAGCAGACACCCAGCGGUCGCCCGCAGCCGACCACGGUCACGGUUAAAGCUAUGAGUCUGGAUCUGUACUAUCAUGAAAACGAAACAUCUUCAGGUACUCACAUAGCUAAAACUACUAUGGACGACGCAUUUGCUGGGGAUGUCCUAAAAGGUGAUAUCACAGCACCAUUGCCAAUGAUUACUCUAACUUUCAAGCCAAGUAAAACGCCCAAGGGCCCAUUCGACUCGCUCCACGAAGAGGCAGCGUUUGAGCCCGUCAGCACCAACCCUAUGACCACUUCAAUGUACAUAAUGAACAACUUACACAGCUCCCAGCCUAGCCCGUUUAGUGCCAAGAAAACUGCACAUCAGAGCUUUACGAAACAUGAGGGCAGUCCGCACGGUCAAGAUGAAGAAUUAAUAGUUCCAGGAAAUGAGGAGGAGAUGAAUGACUUCAGUAACAGUGCCAUAGAACACUCUUCCAUCCACCUGGACUUCAAUCUGCCCAUACUUAGUCUACAACUCGAAUCAAAGCAGCUGUACGAAAUAAUUUAUAACCGGAUCAACUCUGAUCUGUUGCUGUGGGAGCCUCAGAUAAUAGAUCCGUUUGAGAUCAGCCCGCUCAUGUACGGCACCAUCUACCCGGCUUUCGGGAUGUGCAAGGGAUCUGGAUAUGAUUCAGACUCUGGAAGCUCAGCUUCGGAAGAAGAAAACUUGUACUAUUCUACAUACGAUAACAAACUAAAGAAGGGACUCGGCGUUAACAAGCCCAGUCUGUACGAAAAGAAGGAGACGCACAACUUUUGUCUCACUUUCAACGUCGGAAAAGGAUUGCUUACUAUUUACGCACCAGUGCGGGAUGCGAAUAAACGGGUAGUACCCGGUCAGAUGGGUGAAUUGGUACUCGAAGCUCACAACCUGACCAUGUGCGAAGUGAGCGGCCUCAACGGGCAGCCCAAGACUGCGCAACUGUGCAUGCGCGCAGGGAAAGUUACACUCUAUCACGAAGCUCUCCUGACAAUCCCAUCCGAAAAGCCAGGCCUCAGAUUAUACGGCAAGACGCUGCCUCCACAUCUGAAGAGUACCAUCUAUCCGUCCGGCAAGGGAGUCAUCAUCAAGGAGCGACAUCAGAAUAAGGACAUGUUCUCUAUGGCUCUGAAAGUGGAGCCUGAUUCUGAAACUCCUGGUUUAAAGACGAUCUGCAUAGCCCUGGGCUUGGAACAAGCGACACUGCGACACCGUGGCGACAAGGGCAUCGCCUGGCUGUCCCAACUGAUGGACGUCAUCGACGUGUUGGACUACCCCGUGCCCGGCUACACGCCCGCCACGGUGCUGUCCGAGCUGCACGUGCACAUAUCCGACUGCGCCGUGGACUACAGACCACUCUACCUACCAAUCCGCACCGUUGUGACCCUCGGCAACUUCAGCGUCUCAAGCAACAUAAUCCCAGAAACGAACACGUCUAGUCUACGCUUCCUCGCUCAAGAAUGCACCUUGUUCCUGUCCCAUGUGAACGUUAAACCUAACACUCACAUACCGCAAGACGACGACAAGUUACCUGACGUGCAUAAGGAUUACGUUUGUGUGGUGGAUGUCGGGCUGUUUGAGCUGUCGCUGAGGAUGGAGGAUAAAGUCAAUAGCUCCAAAGAACAACCUCAAGUAGAUCUCAGCGCAUCGAACAACAUGGUCACCCUAUACACGUGCUGGGACUCCGCCUCGGCGCUGUGUCGGCUGCUGACGUACGCGGCGUCCGACGGCGACUCGCAGCCGCCCUUCGACCGCUCCUCGCGGCACACCAGCAUAUGCUCCGACCAGCCCGAGCCUCUAGUCGGACUAGAAGACAGACCAAUAGAAGAAAUACGUGAACUGUCGCCCAGCGAAAUACAGCAGGUCAACGACAUGAUGGCAGAAGCGAUGAAAGAAAGUCCCAACGAUACGCUCGAUGACGACGACCUCCACAGUUCAACCGAAAAAGAAGGUGUCGAGAUAUUCUUCUUCCCCGACGAGUCCAACUCCAAACGGCCCCUGGACUUACUUGAAGAAUGCGAGCCCAAGUCUUUCGACUCCGAGGACUUCCGUCCAGUGGAUGAGGCGCUUGAAGCUAAGCCCACUAUGGUGCAGGUGGCUAAGGAUCUGGGCGACCCGACAUCCACGCCUAAGACUACGCCGAAGAAACCUAAACGGAAAAAGGUCAAAUCCGGCGGCGACGGCAGCAACACCGACGACGAAUACUGCAUCAUCGAGUCUCAGCCGUACUGCGAGGACAAUGACCUCGACGAGCCGGUCGUCAACUGGAUAGGCCCCGGGCCCGUGUACAUGUUCGAGAACCACUUCACUGUACCAGCGGCCCGCAGCGACGUACUUAAAGCACCGAAGAGCUUCCCUCUACCAGUUUUGAGAUAUACGUUGUGCGAGAUGAGUGUGACGUGGAACAUGUUCGGCGGGAGCGACUUCAAAACUACCGGCGACCCGCCGCCCUCCAAAAAGACGGUCACCAUUGACGACACCAAGCAGGGCUCACCUACGCCGUCCAAACGCAGUAAGGACUACGAACCAUACGAGGCCGGGCGUGCAAUCACGGCCGCUUAUCGCCAAGGGGUCAGCUGGUCGUCCGGUUCAGAGCGGGUAUUACCACGCAGGAACCCACACCCCAAGCGGAAAGAACUCAAGUCGAGGGGCGGGAGACAUAGGGACCACCAUACUUGUGUCAAGCUGUGUCUCACUAAGGUUAAAUUCCAACACGAAACAUACCCCAGCAGCGGCACACACGCGUCGCGGCAGACGCUCGCCGUGAGCAAGAUCGAGGUGCUGGACCGGCUGGUGUGCAGCGACAUCAACAAACUGCUCAGCCAGUACAAGCUCAAGGACGAGCCCGAACGGAGCAAUGCUCAUAUGUUGGUGAUAAAGGCCGUGCACAUGAGACCCGACCCGGCGCUCUCCGCACACGAGUGCUGCCUCAAAGUAUCGCUAUUACCGCUACGAUUCAACCUCGACCAGGACACGCUGGCUUUCCUCGUCGGGUUCUUCUCCAAACUUGGCACGGACGAGAACAAUGACGACGACACAAAAAGCAUAAGCGGGCUGUCAACAGACUCGAGUAGCUCACGCCAGACCACACCCACACACCGGCCCCCAGUCAUGAGCAUAGCCAGCCACUUGAAGGACCCGCCACCAACACCGACUUCGCUAGGAGAUGCUGAUGCUUUGAGCCUCAACGACACUGUGAUCCGAGAUGACGAACCUCUGAUGGAGCCCUACGAAGCCGAGCGCCUGGUGUCCGAGAACCUCAUACAACUGGAGGAGGACUUCAACCGACUGGGCAUUAGUCAGGAGAAACCCACCACUAAAGUGGCGGUCGACCUGGAGCCGGUUGAUGACUCGCCGAUUUAUUUCAGGAGGGUAGUGUUUUCCCCCGAGGUCCCGAUCCGGUUAGACUACGUCGGCAAGCGCGUGGACCUGUCCGCGGGACCGGUGGCCGGGCUGCUCAUGGGCCUGGGGCAGCUCAACUGCUCGGAGCUCACACUCAAGAGGCUCGACUACAAACUUGGGCUACUUGGCCUAGAGAAACUGGUACAAUGGGCCUUGCAUGAAUGGUUGUCGGACAUCAAGCGGCACCAGCUCCCCGGCCUGCUCGGCGGCAUUGGGCCCAUGCACUCGCUGCUGCAGUUAAUAACGGGCAUACGCGACCUGGUGUGGCUGCCAGUGGAGCAAUGGCGGCGCGACGGGCGGCUGGUGCACGGGCUGCGGCGCGGCGCCGCCUCCUUCACCGCGCGCACCGCCGUCGCCGCGCUAGACAUCACCACGCGCCUGCUGCAGCUCAUACAGGCGACGGCAGAAACGGCGUUCGACAUGCUAACGCCCGCGCCGACAUUACAACUGGCGCCGGCGUACGAGCGCCGCGAGCGCCGCCGCCGCCGCCGCCGCGACCCGGCGCGCAUGCCGCAGGACAUCCGCCAGGGCGUCGCCACCGCCUACCACACCGUCAAGGAGGGCUUCGCCGAGACGGCGGCAACCAUGGCGCUAGCCGCGCGCUGCUCGAGCGGGGUGGGCGUGCUGCGGCACCUGCCGGGCGCCGCGGUGGCGCCGCUGGCGCUGGCGGCGGGCGGCGCGGCCGACGUGCUGGGCGGCGUGCGCGCCUCGCUGGCGCCGCACCAGCACCGCGACAGCGCCGACAAGUGGCGCGCGCACUGACACAUGGACCAGUAUGUCGCACACGAUGAGUAGCUUCAAUGAAGAAAAAAUUCAACAACACUUUACACUGGUAAACAAUUAUACAGUACAUAAACUUGUUAAGAAUUGCUCAUUUUAAUUUACGAUCAACAGAAUAUCACAUCCACUGGUGUUCAAAAUUCUAAACGUUCCUACCAUUCGCCCCCUUUCAUAAUGUUAUGUAACGUUUCAAGCACUCUUAAAAGGGUGGAUAAAUUAAUUUUAAACAUUUCAAGGUACUACUAUUAUUAAUUAUUGUAAAAAAAUCGCCAAAAACAAAGUUUUGAUACGAUGUAUUUUUGUAGUCAUUAUCAUUCGUUUGUGAUCAACGGAAAUAUAAUUAUGACAACGUAAUAACACUUUCAAAUAUAAAGAUCGGUUUUCCUAAGCCGCCAUAUAGCGGCCGUCUCCACUACCGUCACCACACACUAAAUAAUACGGCUAAAUAUGGAUGUCGUAGUAUUUGUAUGACGACGGCCGCUAUAUGACGGCACCGCUGUCCUAAUAGGAAACCAGAACAUAAGAGAACAUAAAAGACGUGUAGUUGUCUGGCAGCUAGCACAUCGCCUAGCUGAUUGGUGUAGAAUAUAGCCAUACGUUGUACUAUUGUCGUUCUCAUACUAAGAUAUCAAAUUAUAUUCGAAAUAUUAUCCUAUACUUAAUCUUGCAUGAAAACCGCUUUUUGUGUUUUCUGCGUCCGGUCUAAGGCUGCGGUUCUACCGACACAAAGAACUGCAAAAUGAAAGGAGAUUCGAAGGAAUUAAAGCUUGUUUUCUUGUUCAUCCCUUCUCCACUCUGUGACAGUAAAACCACAGCCUAAGGGCCCUUUCACACCGCGACUUUUUAACGUGCCGUCGACGUGCGUUUGUAUAGAUAUAGAUACACACGCGAUUCGCACGGAAGUCAGACGCAGCUUGUAGACCUUUGCACACCUACAGCGAUGCAGACGCGCCUUUGUAGCUAUACAGACGCGAUGCUAUCGCGCCGUCGACCCGCGUUUACGAAACGCUGAAAAUUCGUAGCUUAGUAUUUGUGGAACAACCAUGCGUUUAAAAUCGGCGUAUUAAUGCAAGGACACAUUUAAAUUUUAUACAGUUUAUAUCGAUAGGAAUUUCUCUAAUAGGUACAUUAGUUUUCAAAUUUUUAGAUUUAAACUUUUUCAAAUAUAUGGUGCUUAAUUUUAGUAGCAUUUAGAGCAUUUAGUUGCUUUUACGUUUCAGUUUUUAUUUUAAUUUGUUGAUGUAAAUAUUUUUCCAAAUUGUUAGAACAGCAGUUCAACCGUCAUACAGAAAAUUAUGUGGCAUCAAUAGGUAAUAUGGGGCAUUAUCUAUGAAAAGAGACCUUAUUGUCGAUGGCGCUUACGCCGCAGCGUUGUGCGGCAUUGUAUUCAUAUCGGAGCUUCGUUAAUAACGGCGUAAGUGCCAUCGACAAUAAGGUCCCGUCCCGAUAACGUCACAUAUAAUUUUCUUUAUGACGACAGGGUUUGGUGCCAUGACAUGAUAUUGUUGUAAAUACAAGCGCGUAGGAAUAAUAAUCAAAAAUUGCACUUCAGUAUUCAGUAUGACUCCUUAACUCAAAAAGUUUGAAAUUGGUCCGAUCCGGCAGAUACGCAAAAAGAAGUGGACACAAGUCGAAUGGAACGUGCAUGGGGUUUUCCCUGCUCCCGCUUUAAGGACACAAAUCUAUCAGUUCUUAUAAACUCAAGUAAUGAAUAAAUGACAAUCUGACGAUUUGUUUCCAUUGCAAUUUCUUUUUUUUUUGUAUAUAGCUAGUCCUUUCUAUCCUUAGAGCAUUUAGUAACUGGAGAGGUCAUGGCUGUCAUUUUCUGUACGAAACAGUCUGCCGAUUUUUGCGGGGGAGGAGACGUCAAAUGUAUUGCUAUUUCUGCAUGAUUUGUACGUAACGUACAAAUAGCCAUGUCAGUCCACACAAAAGUUUGCACAAUUGUGCAAGUUUUUCGGCAGAGGGGUAAGCUCUUAAAGGUGACUCCAGUUAUUAAAUGCUGUAAGUUUCUAUCGGAUCGGAACAAAUGUGAAGCUUAUAACUACUUUUAUAUACUUGCACAUUUGAUAUGCGUAGCAUCCAACAUUUAAGCUCUAAAUCAUAAUUAGAUUCCAAAAAAUGUUGCCACUGCAAUAAUUUGUUUGUAAAAUAGUAGAUUCCUUUUUAUAAAUAAACACGCUAAGAUAAUUUAUUUAUUGGUAAUUUUACUCCUACGAUUUAAAAAAGUACUUUUACUUACUUAUUUUUACAUAAAUACAAGACGCGCUAGUAAAAAGUGGCAACAUUGUCUUACUUUUUUUGGAAUCUAAUUAUGAUUUAGAGUUUAGAUGUAUCGUUCUAUCACGGUGCGUGGCCAAGAUGCCAAUCGUUUGCGCUCCGUAGCGAACGAAGCGCAACUGUCUCUGUCGCACAAAUAAGGAAGAGUGAUAGAGACAUAUUACCGUAUAGUUCGCUACGGAGCAAGCGAUUGGCAUCUUGGCUAGGCCACCCAAUGAUUUUAGUUUUUCCAUGGGCCGAAUACAUCGUUCAAAAUCAACCAAGGAGGAAGAUAUCAAGAUUCUAAACUUUAUACUCAUAGAGAUAAGGUUCACUUUGGCAGUACAGUAGUAAUGUAACGCGCUUGCAUUUUACAAAAACCUAUAGGAAUUAUACAUUAUUUUAUCUAAGGGUGGUAUUCCACCUAUCCAAUUUCUUUGUCCAAUGUGUAUUGCCACUCACGUUUUGCUUUAAUGAGAGAGUGAGACGCACUGUCAUUGGACAAAUAAAUUGGAUAGGUGGAAUACCACCCUUAGAAAUGUGAUAUGAAACGUCUAAAAUUGCAAUUGACUCAAUCAAAUGCGACUGGCUUAAUGUUAAGAGGAGUAAACAUAAUUAAAAUAUUCUAUAUAAUAUUUUUAAAUAUUAGGUAUGUAUUAUACACCUUAAAUAACUUUGCGUUGUGUUGUAACAUCCCUUUAAACGGUAUCUUUAUUUAAAAUGUAUACUUGUCUCAUACAUCGAUUGAGUAUCCUUUGCACACCAAAACUUAAUAAUUCGGUGUUUGCUGUCGCGCAGCCGGGUAAAAAGUAUGUAGUUUAUCGGGAUGGUAUAAUGCAAACUGACGGUUUGUUUCUAUCAAAAUGUGACAAAUACUUGUAGUUCAUGGAGAUAAUAGCAACUUUCAAUUAUUGUCACAACUUAGUAAUUUUAUUUAAUUACCUGAAGAUGUGAAGCAGACUGUCCUAAGAUAGGAAGAACUAAAGAUAUAUUGAUGCACUGAAAGUGUUGGCUAAUAUGUGCGUGAGAGUAAACCAGCAUCAGCGCAUAUAGUAGCAUAAAUUGAAUUAUCCAGUCGGGUGUUUAUAUUGCUCGGAAUUACUCUAAUUUACCUGUAUGAGCGUUUUCCAUGUGAAACCAUACCUAGAGGUAGCAUAUCGAAAAAAAUUCGUCAGCAUCAGAAGUAGCUAAGCGGGCUAAGGUUUAACACAAAAACAAUGACCUAAACACUACUUUGUCAUUAAAAGAGCCCCAUAGCUGCGAGCGUAUCUGAGAGUACUAAAGUGCAUUUCACCAUCAAUUAUGUAUGUACCUACCUCUUGGGGUGAUCUGCUUGACAUGUAGUUCUAUAGAUUUUAUAAACAAUGGACCGAUAGAUUUCAUUAGUUCUUGUGAUGACAUUUAUAAACGUGUGAUCCUCUAGCAGUAAACUAAGACUUUAUUGCAAUCGAAUUAUUUUAUUUUGUUUUUAUCUUGAAGCAACAGAUUGAAAGUUUUAUGUUAGUUUAUUCAUCAAAAGUCAGUCUUUAUAGAAAAUAAAUAAAAUUGACACUUUA